AUGAACGAUGAGAAUGUAGCAACUUUUCGUGAUUGCUAUCAAAAGCUAUCAAAAGUCAACAAAUUUGAUGAUCAUGAAAUAGACGAAACAGCAUUAUAUAAUACAGCCAAAGAACUUGGAAUAAAAAUCGAUUCGGAUAAUGAUCGAGUGUUAUUAAAAGACUGUGUACGUUACGACGAUAUCGAACAAUCAUUAGAAUGUAUGGACAUAUUAAUUCAAGGUCCAGUACAACCAUUGUCAUCCAGUCUUCCUGUGGUGCAACCACCGUUGUCUUCAGAUAAUGUAUCUAUACCUUUAUCUGAACCAUUUCAAGAAGAAAACCCACCAACAAAUUUGAUGGAAAUCAAGUGUAUCAUGACUGUCAAAUGUCGAGGAAAAUAUGUGGAUGAUUUUAUACAAAAAUUUCUUUUACAAGUUGUCAAUGAAACUAGCACUAACGAGCCUACUAUUAAUGAUAGAUCGGCAUCAUACUACACGAAUCAAUUUCUUCUUCAUUCGAGAUCACUUCUUGCUCUAUUUAUUCACGAACAAGUGCGUUCAUUAGGCAUCAUUCGACGACGACAAUUAAAACGUCUUCGUCCUGUUGAACCUCUUAGUAUUAUUGAUGAAUUUGGCGCAUGGUCAUAUGAUCACCUUCGAGAUCUAUUCGAAAUUGAACUUCGUACUCACCGUGAUGAAUUCUUUCCAUCUCCCUGGAUCUUAGCCGAAGAUGCUCGUAUUCAUUGUCAGUUCAUUUUUAGUGGUACUCAACAAGCCAAUGAAACAUCAACAUCGUUGAUACUCGAACGCCCACGUACAAGUUCUCUUGAACAGUUUGUUAGAGAUGUGUGUAGUAAAGAAGACAAUAUGCAAACUGAUAAAUGGCUUGCAGCAUUACACGCUGAAGAUAUUCUUUCAUUUACUCAUCUUUCUAACUUGAAACAAAGUGAAUGGGAUAAUAUAAAAAGAUUAUCGAUGAAUGCAAAAAGAAUAUUAAAGGCAGCGGUCGAUCGAGAACGAGAAAGUGCUGCAGAUGAUCGACGACGUUUAUUUGAGGAAAGUUCACCAGAUCAAGAACUUCAAAAAUCAUUAGAUAAAUCAGUAGAUGAAUGUCGCUCGGAACUCUUUGCCAGUCUACAUUUGAUCAAACUCUUUAUCUAUUACACGCUUCGUUUCGAACGAGCACUUCAAAAUAAUAGUUCUUUACCUAAACUGGAAGCAGCCUGCAUCGAUGCAUCAUUUUCUGAAAUGCGAAAAGAAGGCUAUGCAGAUGAUGGACUUUUUUCUACGAUGGGUGAAUUUUUUCUACCUCUGACAAUAUCCGAACAGGAACUUCGAAUGAAACGAUCUCAUACUCAUAAAAAAGUGAAAGUAGGAAAACUAGAAGAACUUGGUAGAGAACUUCAUCGCUUGGAACACUUAUGGACUAAUGCCACAAGUUCUCGAUGGGAAGUUGAUGACAACAUCAAUGAGUUACAUCAUACAAUGAACGAAAUGUACACAGGACACAUAGCCGAACGAGCGCGAUUGAGUACAUCAUCAACAUCGCGUGAACAAGCAAAAGAGUUACAGCAACUUGAUCGGCAAUGGCAAGACGCUUCUAGUCAAUUCGAACAACAAAUGCUUGUAUACAAGCAAGCAGUAGAUAAAUGGAUUAAUGAUAUUGCAGGCUAUGAAAAGCAGAUAGAGGAAUUGAAAGCUCAAAUACGUAAUAUUCAAACCGAACUGAAACAACCCGAGUUUCCAGUAGACAAAGGACUCGUAAAACCUGCACGUGGGUUUAUUAUGUAUGGACCUCCUGGUACAGGUAAAUCAGAAAUCAUGAGUAAACUGAGUGUGAAAUUAGGUAUUUGUAUGGUUGGUCCUCCUUUGGCUGCAGGAGAAUUGAAUCGUCCUUUAGUUGGAGAAUCGGAACGAGUUAUUAUUGCACUUGCAUCUCGAUGUCAUCGUGUUCCUUAUGCCAUGUGUUGUUUGUCAAUUGAUGAAAUCGAUUCUCUUGCACCGAAACGUGAUGAAGAUUCAAGUGAAGGGAAGGUUGAUAAGAUCAGCGUUCUUCUAUCAUUAAUUGAUGGUAUUAAAGAUGUGCCUAAUCUAAUGAUCUUCUGUGCUACUAAUCGCUUACAUAUGAUGGACGAAGCUUUUCUGCGUCGUAUGUCUGGAAAAUUCUUUGUUGGUCGACCAUCAUCACAAGCACGCAUGAGAAUUUUAGCUCAAAUACCAGAAUGGGCUCUUGAAUCAGACCUUAUCGAUCGAUUAGCGAUUGCUUCAACUAACUUCAGUGGUGCAGCCUGCAAAGCAUUCACUCGGGCUAUUACCGUUCGUUGCAUGGCUGUUCAAAGAACCAACCCAAAUUUUCAUGUUAACUAUCAUGAAGCACUACAGAUAGCUGAUCGUACUGCUCAACAAUAUCAGGUCUUUCUCGGUAGUGAAACUUUACCUCGCCUACUUCUACGCAAUCUUAAGAAGAGAUCAGAAAUUCGUAUCAAUCAUCUCACACGACAUAUGUAUGCAGGCCGAAUCAUUGUUGAUCUACAUGGUGGUCGUGCACGAAUUGAAACUAUUUUACUAGAUGGACGUAUCACUGUGAUCGAACAUAAACUUAAUCCAACUGAGACAAGCGUACAAAGUCUUCUUGAACGAUUAACAGUGUACGGCAAAGAUCGAAAUGUACAACUUCUUCAAUUGAUUGAUCUCAAUUUACUUGCAUCACAAGGAGCAUAUGAUGAAAAAAAAGUAUUUGAAACAUUGAAAGAACGUUAUGAUGAAUGUGUAGCUUAUUCUCGUUCGAUGAUUAUUUAUGAUCUUGAUGCAUUAGUUGGUGUUAAUAAAUCAGAAUCUGAUUCAUCUAUGGGUCGAUCAAUGAGUUCAUCUGUCGUCAAUCAAAAUGUCUAUACAUAUGUUAGAGCACGAUUUCGUGAAGCUGUUGUUGAACAAGCGGAAAAUGAAAAUAAUGAACAACAACAGACUGUAGAAAAAUGGGCAGUCGCUGUUAUUCGAGAACCUUUUCUCUUAAGACAAUUUUCAUCUGAUGUUCAAUUUGCACGAACACGAGAUGAAGAAGAAGAAGCGGAAUUGGAACGACGUAAAGCAGAAGAUUUACUCAAAUGUGUUAAAUGCAAGGAUUUAUAUAUAGAGAAUGAAAAUAAAAUGGGCAAUUGUGUUCAUCAUGAUGGUUUUAUAUUUGAUAAUUCAGCAGCUGAUCUGGCUAUUUAUACGCAAAGUGAAGUAGCGUAUGUACUAAGCCAACUUGAAUGUGAUACUAUUAACCAUCCAGAUAAACGUGAACAAAAUGAAAUACAAAAAAAUAAAUACAAAUGGAUAUGUUGUGAUACAACAGUAACAACUGGUUCUGGUUCAGGUGGAUGUAAAAAAGGCAAACAUAAUUGUGGUGAACAAAUAGGAGAAGAACGACGACGUGAUAGAAGUCAUCUUGAUCAAGCUAGAAUUAAACGAUGGGAAGAAGAAUGUCGACGUAAUCAAGAGUACAAUGAGAAAUGGUUACUCUUAUUAGAAAAUCGAAGUUAA